AUGACAAAUGAUGUCAUUUCUGAAAAUUCUGGGCAAGGAGCAAAUCAAAAUGGUCAAGAACAUACACAGUUCAACACAUUGGGAAUGACCAUGCCUUUGAUUCAAAGUGGUUCAUUGAAUUUAUUUCCAUCAAAUUCAACCACUGAUAUUGAUUUACAAUCAAUUAGGCAACAAAUUGAUGAAAGUAGGUACAAUAUGGUGAGCAUGUUGACACAACAGAUGUCAACUAUGCUUAAUCCUCUCAUUCAAAAUACUCAACACUUGACUCGACAAUUGUGUCGAAUUGCUGAUGUUUUUGGAGCACCGCCUUUGAACCAAGCGUUCCAUCAAGUUCCUGAUUAUGGUCAAAGUGUGCCUCUAAGUUUUACUCAACAUGAAGUUCAGAAUUUUAGUCAAAAUGAGCCUCAAAAUUUGUCUCAAGAUCAGAAUUUUGGUCCAAACGAAGUUCUGAAUGGACAAGAAAAUUCAGUCGAAAAGCAGCCACAUAAUUUUGAUCAGAAUUUAGACAACAAUGUCUUAGUUAAUCGAAAUCAAAAUGAUUAUGGGGGGCCACAAAAUGUGGCCAAUGCUGUCGAAGAAGUUCUAAAUCAUCAUGGUUUCAAUGUUGGAUAUGUCAAUCGUCCAAAUUUCACGUCUCCGUUUUCUGAAGUAGUUCUUCAAGCAGAACUUCCAAGGGGAGGAAAUGUUCCAAAAGUUACUAAAUUUUCAGGAGACACAGGUGAAUCAACUGUUGAGCAUAUUGCAAGGUAUCAACUUGAAAUUUGUGAUCUUGCUAACAAUGAACUGUUGAAAAUGAAAUAUUUUCCAAGUUCCUUGACGAAAAAUGCUUUCACUUGGUUUACUACUCUACCUCCUAAUUCGAUCCAUAAUUGGAAUGAAUUGGAGAUGGCUUUUCAUGAAUAA